CUCUCGCUUUACUGAUUGCCUUAUAUCACUCCGUUUUUUGUGCUUUCCCUUAUCUCCCUGCUAUUUUAGUUGAUUCUCAGUUCACCCUCUUCGUCUCAUCUCUGGUUCUGUCUAUACAAUGGCUAGACCUUUGCUCUUCAUCGCUCUCUGCCUCCUCCCUGCUCUUGUCAGCGCUGCCCGCCCCAACAGGAACCCCUACGAGGUUCAGGGACGCGUGUACUGUGACGCUUGCCGUGCCGGUUUCGAGACCUCUGCUAUCUCCUACAUUGCAGGAGCCAAGGUUAGAGUGGAAUGCAACGAUAGGAAGUCAAUGCAGCUGGUUUACAGCAAGGAAGCAACAACAGACUCCACUGGAACAUACAAGAUUUCUGUCAACGAAGACCAUGGGGAUCAGUAUUGUGAUGCUGUACUCGUAAGCAGCCCCCAGGCAGACUGCAAAGUGGUCUCCCCUGGGCGUGAUCGUGCGCGGAUCAUCCUCACCGACUCCAAUGGCAUUGCCUCCCGACUCCGUUAUGCCAAUUCUUUGGGCUUCAUGAAGGAUAAGGCGUUGUCUGGCUGCGCUCAGAUCCUGAAGCAGUAUCAGGAGGAGGAUAAUGAGGAGUAGAGAUCCGUUGCUUAUGGGUUUUCAAUUGAUUAUUUGGGCCUUCUGUGCCCUUUUAUUGUUGUUAUUACUAUACGAUACUAGUAUUAUUUGUUAAUUUCUGGAUGUUUGCUGUUUCUGUGCCUAGAGGAUUGUUAAAGAGACUCGACAAUUAAAAUACAGAUGCUUGUUAA